CUGAGCUUUAGCCAAGCUUAACGUUUUGCUUAUGUGGUUGAGACUAUCUUGUAAAAGCAACAGUUUGAGUUAGUUUGGUGUUGAGAAAGCUUAGCUGUCAACAUGAAGUACAACCAAUUGGCAAUUGUCCUUGUGGUUUUUACGACACUUUUGUGUGGCGCCUUUGCCUCCUUUAGUGAGAAGGCAGUUAUGAAGGAAAAGGAUAUGAUGCGCAAGAUUGUCUUCGAUAAGAAAACACCCGAUGUAUUCUAUUGUCCCAUGCAAAAACCAUCCAGCAUGAGCAAAAUAAUUGUUACCGCACGACCACUGCACAAGCUGUGUGAAUAUGAGGGAAAUCCUCUGCCUCCCGAAUACAAAUCCGAUUGCUAUAUGGAUAUUGACGAAACUGAUUAUGCCUGCAAGGAAAAGUACAGAAUUAUGAAACGUUUCGCCAAAGACGAACCCUAGUAAAAUUUACAAAAAACACACAACAACACAAGCAAAUACUUAACACCAUAACGCAACAGCAAUAAAUACAUAUACAUACAUUUAUAUAAAUAUAUAUGUACAUUAUCAUUGCACUACUACAUAUAUUGGGCAGCUUUAAAUAACUGGAACACAAGAAACCAAUAAAAUACAUAC